AUGACAACCUACGUGCGCAUGGGCCGCGGCGGCGCAGGGAACCACAUUCCGAAGGAGGAGCUUCAGAAGCAGGCACCUUCCCCCCACCUAGCCGAAGAAGUCACCGCGCAAACCUCCGCCUCCAAGCGCCUAUCCAGCGCGAACCAGCUGGCGCAGGAAGAAGUCGCCUCGCCGCCGCCGGGCGAGUACAAGCACAUGGGCCGCGGCGGCGCGGGCAACUGGUUUACUCCCUCCGACCUCGUGCAACGAGGAACAACCUCCACUCCCACAGCCGACGACGACACGACCGAGGUACCCGCGGCGCAGGCGGGGAGUACGCGGCAGUGGGCGGGGCGCGGGGGGGCGGGGAAUUUUGCCGGUGCGGGUGCACAGGCGCAACACAUUGAUGCGCCACGGAAGGAGGUGGAGGAGAUUGAGCUCCAGGAUAGAGAGAGGGAGCGCAUGCAGGAGGAUGUUAGGAGGGAUGUUGAUUUGAAGCUGGUCAGGCCGGAGGGGGUGCAUUUGGGGCCGUAG